AUGUCUGCAAAACUCGAUCAAGUUAGGGAUGUUGAUAUAGAAAGCGGUGGUCGAUUUAAAUACAUUCUAGUGAAGCUAAAAGAUGGCAAUAAUGAGAAAUAUAUUGUUCGGGGAUACAGAAGAGCAGCAUACCAUGCUGAUAUUUAUGAUGAAAUAUUACCAGAGUUGAAAAGGCUUAGCUUACAUUCUGAGUGUGUUGGUGGUGGCCGUAUCGAACACAGCAGUGAAUCUGAAAAAUUAUUUGUAUAUGGCUAUUCAAUGGGUUUUGGACAAGCUGAUCAUUCAAUUACAACAGGAAUACUUAAGAAGUUUUUCCCAUCAUAUAAAUCUAUAACAUUUUCCAAUGAAGGAUACUAGUUGUAAAGCAACAUUUAUAUAUAUUUUGUUACAAAAUAUGAAAUAAUUAUUUCAAAUUGUGUAGAAUCAUAUUCACAACAAGUUGCAUUAUCUCAUAUUGCUAUAAAACACAACAUGAACAACACUUGACAAAUUCUACCAAACAACAGACUCAGUGCUCAAAAUACUGUGGACAUGUUAGUCAUA